UGAUUGUCACGGAAUAACAUCGUGCAAUCGAAGAUCAAACCCGCAAAAUUAUUUGCGUAAUUACUGGCGGUAUGGGGUCUUGGUUGGUCUACUGGCGUGGACACCAUCGCCCUGUUUAUUUCUGCCGCAAAGCUAUAGGUAUUUUCCGGUUUGAGGGGUGGGGGCAGCUGGACUCAAACUGAGUGCUGUAAUUACGUUGUUGUUUGCCGACUCCGGCAAUCACUUAUCGUCAGAUGUGUCAGCUUCUGCCCAUAAACAUCUACAACGUAAAUACCGCCACGGUUCGUGUUAGCAACGUCAAGUUUGAGCCCCGUGAGCUCGCUUACUAGUUCGUUGAAUCUAGAAUAACCCCUCGAAGAUAUUAGAAAAGGAAGAAAAAAAAACAAUCUAAAUAUACGCCAAUAGUAUCGAUGCAUCUCUAGCAGCGCAGUGGUUCAAGUCGUGCGUUGGUUUGUAGUGUUCACUCCUUACACGCCAUUAAUGUUGUGAGUCGUUUGUGCGGUAUUGCUACCGCGACGGAAUUCUUGCUCCAUAAUCUAUACUUCUAUACAUAAACUUAAUAUUAUAAAGAGGAAAAAUUUGUUUGUUUGCUUGUAUUGAAUAGGCUCCGAAACUACUGAACCGAUUUGAAAAAUUCUUUUACUGUUUAGAAGCUACACUAUCCCGAAUGACAUAGGCUAUAAUCUUUUUGGAAAAAAAUUAGGGAUCCUUACUAAAACUACAAUAAUGUAGCCCAAGGUGUAAAAAAAAUACCUAAAAUAUUCUUUACAUCGCGUGCACUGCGAAAACUAUUGAUGAUAGAAUAAAAUAAUGUACUUCGACUUUGUCGAACACAUUCAUAUUUACAAAAAGUGUCACGACAGCAUAUGUCUAACUAUAUAUAGUUAUGCCGCAAUAAGUGUAAUUGUAUUAAAAAAAAUAAAACAAUGUCAAAUAUCGUUGAAAUUUUUGUUAAAGACCCGAGCGGAGUCGGAGCGGGCCGCUAGUUACUCAUAUUUUUAUUGUGUCCAUAUUGAUGAAGAAGAUUAAAAUAUAGUGAAAACAAAACGCACUAAUCAAUAAACAAAUGACAGAAUUUGAAAAUCCAAUUGCACAUAAUUAUUUUAAAUAAAAUUUAUUGCCAGUCUUUUAUAAUUAUUUUUAUAUUAUAAUAAUACAUAAAUCACAUUUAAAAUGGCCAGCUAUGUAAAACAGUAACUUCAUAGGUAUCCUUUGUAAUGAAAUACAACAAGGUAUCACGUCGGUUAUCUAACGGAAAGAAUAUGUACCUAUUGAAAUGCUCAAGGUGACUAGUUUUUAUCACCCUGUAAUUAUUGUCAGCAAUGUAACAGCACUAUUAUUGAUUGAAGCUACGCAGAGACAGCCUAACUUACAUUGUUAGUAAAAUUCUACCUAUAUGGUACCAUAAUUCCAAACACAGCUCAAUAGUUUAAGACAAAAUUAAAUAGUAAAGAAGUAUUUAAUUGUCUCUUCUCAUUUGGCUGGGCAGAAAAUGGUUUGCGAGCAAAAAUAAACAAUAAUGAAUUUUACAUAAUAAAUUUUGACAAGAGCGUGCAUAUUUUUUAUUAUUUUAAUAUUUUCUACAUAAAACCUUCUGCGUGUUUUAAAAAUGUUUAAAAAAAACUACUAAGCAAUUGAACAGAGACAAAAAAACUUGUUUAUUACGUGCACAGUGAAUAAAAACGAUAACUUUUUAAUUUUUAACCGCAUUCUAGAUGUUAUUUCAUGUUAUUCAAGGCUGUGUGUUAAUUUCAUUAAACCUCGCAACGGGUUUGAAAGCAAAACGUAUUUUUUAAAUUUAAAAUCGAAGCGUCUUAGAAUCGCGCUAACAUCGGAUGAAUGCGCGUAUAAUUAAAAUAGGUUUCAUUAUAAUGUAAUAUAAUCAUACUUUUCAUUUUGAAUACAAACAUGAUUUAUGUUUAUUAUUACGAGAGAUUUGAGGGAAAUAAUAAAUCAAUAAAAAUAGCUGUCUAGUAUUAUUUUACCAGAAGGACAUUUCGCUUUUAAAACCAAGGCUGUAAAUUGUUUUAUUGGAAAAUGAAAUCGUACAAUUAACUAAUCUACCGUAUUAUUUUGUAUCCGUGGUAUCUUAUCGCGUAUUUUAAACGUUAAUUUAGUACAAACUACAUAGUUGCGGUCACAGGCAGGACACGUUACGAACGUUGCAUCUUAUUUAUUUAUUAGCGCGAGGCGAUAUCGCGGCCUCCGCGCUCGCCACCUAUUUGUUUUCCCGUCUCGCUCGGCCAUAUUGGAUGCGCCGCGCCAAGCCGAGCCCGCCAGUUUCACGCGGACGUUCAUGUGAGAGUACCGCUGUGCCGGCGCGCGCACCCAAAAACCGCACGCACAUCGAAAACGCACAUAAAUUCAAAAUGGGCCGUUCCCGAGACAACGAUGCGAUCAAAAGUAGCCUUAUCAUAUCUGAAGUGCAGAAACGUCCAUGUUUAUUCGACACGAACGAUACGAAUUACGGCGACAGAGCGGAGAAGACGAGAUGCUGGGAGGAGAUCUGCGAGGUUGUGGUGCCGGGAUGGACCGGCCUCGGGAUGUCGGAGAAGUUCACCGCUGGUAAAGAAGUUCAGAAACGAUGGCGCUCUAUCCGGGACUCGUACACGAAGACUUACAGACAAGGAAAGUGUCUGCCGGACCAGUGCGCUCCGAACAGCAAAAGAUAUCAGUACCACAGGCAGAUGUCGUUUCUAUUGAGGGCGCUACAGAACAAAAAGCCAAGGUACUCCCAGGACAAAUACGAGUCAUUCUCCGAAGUGUCCAACUCGCCGCAACACGCUCCGCCCGAGGACGUCAUCCCCAAGAUCAAAACCGAGGUCAUCGAUAAACCGCUCGACCUAAAAACCAAAGCGGAGGUCACCGAUAGACCGGACACCGUGGACAAAUGCAACCAAACCGUCAUAGACAAGAACCCGUCGUUGGAGAUCAAGAUCGACGCUAACUCAAUCUUGCCCGACGACCACUUCGACGACGACAAACUCUUCAUGAACUCCCUGAUACCGUUGUUCAAGAAGAUGAGCGACGACACCAGACUCCUGUGCAGGAUCGAGGUGCUGAAGAUCAUACGAUACGCCUUGCAAGGGCACAAGUGCUUCGAAGCUCUGAAGGUGGCCGAAGACAGCUUCUUCAGAGACAGAAUGAGCGGGAUCCUGGCAAAGCAGGAGGUGGACGUGGCGACGUCGAAGGGCGCGGAAACUAGGCUGUCGAUGACGACGCGUUCGGCUGAUGGCAGCAGACCAGUUAGGAAACGGAGGACGCGGUCGCCAUCGCCGCUUCCAGUUACCACCAAGAGACGUGGGCCAGGACGUCCGAGGAAGAUCCGCCCACCGCCGUCGGACUCUGACGAAGAGCAGCUCUCGAGGAAGCAGUGCCCCAAGCUGAAGGUGUCUCCCGUGGAGGUGCCGCGGAUGUCGGAGAUGGACGAGUCCCUCAUACAGGUGACCAGUGUCGCGCAGAUGUCCACGCCAUUGUUUAUGAAGAUGUACAACUUGGAACGAUCUAAGGCCGCCCCCGCACUGUCGAGCACGAAUCAACCGAUGCACGUGUCAGUCAAAACUGAACCCCUCGAAGACGCACAAAGUCAGCUCGCGAGCUAAACUUGAUAUUCUUGCGAAGUGGAAAUGUUCAUGGCGGUGAUUAUAUUAACUAAAGAUUUCAUACCACCCAACUUACUGGCGGUAGAAAUUCUUGUGAGUUCGCACAGGUAGGUACCACCACCCUGCCUAUUUCUGCCGUGAAGUAGUAAUGCGUUUCGACUUGAAGGGUGGGGCAGCCGUUGUAACUAUACUUGAGACCUCAGAGCAUAUCUCAAGGUGGGUGGCGCAUUUACGUUGUAGAUGUCUAUGGGCUCCAGUAACCGCUUAACACCAGGUGGGCUGUGAGCUCGUCCAACCAUCUAAACAAUGAAAAAUAUAAAUAAAGUUUCUUCAUCACUUCAACUUUUAUUUGACCGCUAAGCGACCACAGAUAAUACAAACAAUACAGACUAUCCCUAGGUAUACAGUUUAUAGGCGGAUUCCGAAUAUCCUCUGAACACCAAUAAAACAUGAACAUUUCCACUGACCGUUAGCUUAGUCGUGAGAGUGUUGUAUUAAUGUUUAUUUGCUCACAAAAAUAUGAAAAUAUUGAUUUACGAUUGUACCGAAACGUUUAUCGGCUGGUUAGAUGCGCAAAAGAAAAUUCCAAGAUUUACGUGAUAAUUUUAAAACAAGACCUUUCGAUCCGCAAGUAAUUGAAUGCACUCGGAAUUUGAAACGGAACGGAAUUUGAAUUUGAGUUCAUAUCUUCGCCACAGAUUAUAUUAACACAGAAACUUCUAGAAAAUAUUAUUAGCGCGACUUUAAUUUCUGAUAUCGGCCGAGAGAGAACACUUAAAAGAUUUACAAAAUACCAAUAGGCUUGUCGAUUAUGUUCUUAUCUAAAAGCAGACGCUGAUGCUUGCGUCAAGCGCAUACCAAACGUGUACUCUUUAAUUUUAAAUCAAGUACUUUUUGUAUGACUUCGUGUUACGAAUUGUUGAAUGUGAUAUCUUAGGUUACGGUUGGCCAUUUGGUUUUCAUAUCUAUAUUACCUAUUAACUAAAGAUUAGAUUUUUAAAACCAAAUAAAUAAAACUAAAAGUCGGGAGGCCUUUGCUCUGAUUCUGUAGUUUAAAGAAAUUGACAGAUUCGGUACGUCACCUGUCAAAUCGUGCAAAGGUUUAGUAAAAAAAAGAACAAAAAAGUAUUUUAAUGUUGCAGGUAUUUUAAGGAUCAAAGUUAAAGCAUUUUUUUUAGAUUUUUAAGGUUAGAAAUUAAGGUUAAUAUGUAAGUUAUACAGGACAUUAUCAGUCCCGUAUCGAGCUUCUAGAACAAUCGUGACUGAGAGUCACGAGACAGUCUCUGUAAAAAAAAGUUCAAUCAUUCCUUAGUUAAGUUGUAUGUUAGGACAAUAAAAAGAAAUAUAUUUUGUCUGAGAGAUGUUAAUAAAGUUUAUUUUAAGAA